UAUUGAUCUCGGUUACCAUUGGCGAGGGCGGAUUUCACAUCCAUCCAAUAGAAGAUUGAACAGUCAAGGGAUAGUGAAAAUGGCGGCUUUGCCAUCUCCUUCGCAGGUCGCAGGGAGUCACGCUGGUUUGUACGAAGUAUAUUUUGCCUCUGUUGAAAGACAAGGAACUGUACCAGCUGUAGAAGCUGCAAAAUUUUUAAAGAAAUCAGAAUUGCCAGAUUCACUUUUAAGUACUAUAUGGGAUCUCUCUGAUCCAAACGCCAAGGGUUUUCUUACUAAGUCUGGUUUUUUUACUGCCUUAAAACUAGUCUCAUUGGCACAGUUAGGUCAUGAAGUUUCAAUUGCUAAUUUGAUGAUGGAUGUACCACCACCAAAGUUGGUGGGAAUGGCACCUCCUAGACCUCCAUCUCAGCCGACAAUAAACUCAGUUCCAGCUGCUGUUAAUGACUGGAAAAUGACACCAGCAGAGAGGCUGAAGUAUGAAACACUUUUUAAUUCACUUCAUCCUUUGAAUGGAGUCAUACCUGGAAGCAAAGUAAAAGGCCUUUUAAGUGACUCCAAAUUACCAAUUCGAACUUUAGGAAAAAUUUGGGAUCUUGCUGAUAUGGAUAAAGAUGGUAGUUUAGAUAGACAUGAGUUUACGGUGGCGAUGCAUUUAGUGUACAAAGCUUUAGAAAACUAUACAAUACCAAAUAGCUUACCACCUGAAUUAUUGCCUCCUGAGAAAUUAAACAACUCAGUUCCAGCAAUGGUACCACAGGCAACUCCUAUCGCACCUGUUGUCACUCAAACGCCGAUGGUUAAUGGUGGGUCUACAUGGGUAGUCAGCAGGGAAGAAAAGGCUAAAUAUGACAAUUUAUUUUUUCUCACUGAUGUCGAUAAAGAUGGUUUUGUUUCUGGAAAUGAAAUUAAAGAUGUCUUCCUUAAAUCUGGCAUCCCACAAAGUGUUCUUGCUGAUAUUUGGGGUUUGUGUGAUAUGAAGCAAUCUGGUAAACUGAAUAGUGAGCAGUUUGCACUAGCAAUGUGGCUUAUUAAUAAAAAAUUGAAGGGAAUCGAUCCACCAUCAUCACUUAGCCCUGAUAUGAUACCUCCUUCGAUGAGGCAGACUCCGAGUGAAUCUGUUGUCCCUUCUAAUCCUGAAUUAGAUAUGAUAUCUCAAGAUAUUGAGGAACUUGUGAAAGAACGAUAUAAUUUAGAGAGGGAAAUAAUGAUGAAGGAAUCAGAAAUCAAAAUUAAAUCUGGUGAAGCCGUGUCAUUACAGGGAGAGUUAGAUACGUUGGCAGCAACCCUCAAGCAAUUAGAUAAUCAAAAAGGUGAGGCAGGGAGGAGGUUAAAUGAUUUGAAGAAUCAGGUUGAGAAAUUGAAAAAGGAUGCAGAAGAGCAGGAAGUUCUCGUGAAACAACAAGAGGAAGAACUAACAAGCAAAAAGAAAGAAUUAGAAAAUCUAAAAGCUGAGGAAAUUAGGUUAAGCAAUUUACAAACUGAUCUAAAUUCAAAGUUAGAUUCAUUGUCAGCUCAACUACAAAAGUCACAAUUAACAAUAAGCCAGGCUAAAACAAAAAUGACUGACAUAAUUGAAUUCCAAAAACAGUUAAAAGAGGCGAUAGACGUAUUAGAAAAAGCAUUAGAGACAUCAGAUAUUUCUGUUCCUAAUAGGUAUUUAGAAUUGGAACCUGAUUUUAGGUAUCCUGCUUACACUAGACUGAUUAAUCCAAGCGAGACUGAAGAAAUCAAACCGGUAUCCCAAACUACUGCCAGUUUAACAAAUGGCACUCGGACAGACUCAUUUUCAGAAUCUGCAUUUAAAGACGAUCCAUUCACAUCAAACAACUCCUUCCAAGCCACAUUUCCUGAUCAACCAUCAAAGAUGUCAUUUGGAAAUGAUCCAUUCAGUUCUUUUGGCUCUUCUGUGAUGAGUACAGGUACCAAAAAUGACCCUUUUGAUCCUUUUGGAGGCAGUACUGCUCCACAUUCCACAGUAAAAAAUACGGAGGAUACAAAUCAAGAUGCCUUUGGAUGCGAACCAUUUGCAGCUCCAGCUUUGCCACCAAAGAAUAAACAACCUCCUCCUAGACCAGCUCCACCUAGGCCUUCAGCACCACCAGCACACAUCACAGCAACACCUGGAAACGACUCAUUUGCUGACUUCUCGAAUUUCAAUAACAAGUUUACUAUGAUUAUACAGGAUAACAAUAACUCAGACCUCACGUUGGACUUCAAGGAGGAUCCAUUCAAAGAUUACAGAUAUGAGGUUACUGGGGACCCGUUUGAGAAUGAUAAUCUAUUUGACAUAGCCAAGUGUGACAAUUUUGCGUUUACCAAAAAUGAUCCAUUUGCACCUUCGAAGGAUCAAAAGAACCCCUUAAAUGGGAAAUUCAAAAGCUGUGAAGAACUGCUAAACGAUAAUCAAAUUGCUAACAAUGCUAAUGUAGAUUCCCAUUCCAACCUAGUUAAAGAAACAAAAUGUGAUAGCCUUCCUAGUCUGCUGACAUGAUUUAUAUUUCUUGUUUCUUAUUUAUUCUUUUCUUCAUCCACAUUAGUUUUUUUUUUAUGUUUUUCAGACAUAAUUAUUUAAUUUCAUGGUAAUUCAACUAUGAAGGCACACAUUGUGCUUCCCAACAAUUGAAAAGGUACACAAAUAUAAUAUAAUAUAUAAAUAUGUUUACAUAACGUUUCUAUUGUAUGAAAAGUAAAUGAAAAAAUAAAAGUUGCGCACAGUAUUAAAUUUACAUACACAACUGCACACCGCAUAAUGAGUAUGUAAUGUAAUUGUAUACAAUAUUUAUUAUAUUUAAGACAUUUGGUGUGUUAAUUGCCUUUAAAUAAAAGUUAUUAAAAAAAUAAUAAAAAA